ACGCUUUCUCACUUCACAUGCAGCAGAACUGCCAGGCUGGAAAGGGACAGACCAGAAAUCCAUUCCCCGCCGCGUUCGCAGUGAGUGCUUGUUUCCGAAGGCGUUAACUAUAAUUGAUCAGGCAUAUGUCCCAAGCCUACUUGGAACCCGACCCUGCUCCCUUCUCCCGCCCUCUCUUUCCCUCUAUCCACCUCCCCUCCCCUUGGGAAACCUAGGAAAGGAGGGUUUGCUUUGCUGGAUUCCGUCAGCGCCACAGACCGCUCCACAAUAUCCAGGGCGAGAUCUAGGAAUCUUCGAACACCAACAGGAAGAUACUUGGCCAUCGACUCUUCUUGCGUUUUGCCAGUGGUGAGAUCGCCCGGGGUUGAUUCUCCUCACCUCUCCAUGCAGCCACUAUGCAGAGAGCAAUCGGCUUCCCUGCACUGUGCCUGCUUGUUAAUCUCCACGCUGCAGGAUGCUUUUCAGGAGAUAGCGACCACCUCUUGGCAAUUCAUCCGAGGAAGAGUGGGAAGCCUAUAUUUAUCUACCACCACGUGCAAACUAUUGAGAAGAACUUGGACACAAGCCAUGAAAAAACAUAUAAGCAACACAGCUUCCAUUCCCCUUCUCAUAUGCAAACAAGCAAACGACACCCAGGCAUAAUUGUUAAGUCCACAUUUCCUAGACCUGCCUAUGAUCCAUCUCUCAACUUGUUAGCAAUGACUGGUCAAGAUCUGGAAGUGGAAAACCUUCCAAUCCCUGAAGCAAAUGUUAUUAUUGUGACGCUGCAAAUGGACAUAAACGAGCUUAACAUAACUUUGCUUCGGAUAUUCCGUCAAGGAGUGGCAGCAGCUUUAGGACUCCUACCACAACAAGUUCACAUCAAUCGCUUAAUUGGGAAGAAGAACAGCAUUGAGCUGUUUGUAUCUCCAGUAAACAGGAAAACUGGAAUUUCAGAUGCUCUGCCAUCCGAAGAAGUGCUACAUUCUCUCAAUAUCAAUGUUUUACAUCAGAGUCUAUCUCAAUUUGGAAUUAUAGAAGUUUCCCCUGAGACCAACGUCUUACAAGGGCAACAUGAAGCGGAUAAGAUCUGGAGCAAAGAAGGAUUUUAUGCUGUUGUCAUUUUCCUCAGUAUCUUUAUAAUGAUCGUCACAUGUCUGAUGGUUCUUUACAGAUUAAAAGAAAAAAUUCAGCUUUCUCUGAGACAAGACAAGGAGAAAAACCAAGAGAUCCACCUAUCCCCCAUCCCAUUACAAGCUACCCAAUCUGACGCCAAAACGGUCAACAGCAUGGUCCAACCUGAGCACACCCCUAAAGUGGUGAACGUCAUAGUGGAUCCCCAAGGCCGAUGCACUCCUGAAAUCAAGCCUGCUAUUUCUGCCAGUCCAUCACCUUUCAAAAUGAAGCCUGUAGGACUUCAGGAGAGGCGAGGAUCCAACGUUUCUCUUACUUUAGACAUGAGUGGUUUGGGGACCAUCGAGCCUUUUGUGUCUGUGCCGACCCCACGGGAGAAAGUAGCCAUGGAGUACCUGCAGUCAGCCAGCCGGGUUCUCACGAGGUCACAGUUGAGGGACAGCACGACAAGUUCCCAUUUACUCCAGACUGAAUUCAUGGAAAUACCAAUGAAUUUUGUGGAUCCGAAAGAAAUUGACAUUCCACGUCAUGGAACUAAAAACCGCUACAAAACCAUUUUGCCAAAUCCUCUCAGCAGAGUGCGUUUAAAGCCAAAAAAUCCAGCUGAUUCUUUGAGUACCUACAUUAAUGCUAACUACAUUAGGGGUUACAGUGGCGAGGAGAAAGCUUUCAUCGCCACACAGGGGCCCAUAAUUAACACUGUGAAUGAUUUCUGGCAUAUGGUCUGGCAAGAGGACAGUCCCGUCAUUGUUAUGAUCACAAAGCUAAAAGAAAAAAAUGAGAAAUGUGUACUCUACUGGCCAGAAAAGAGAGGGAUAUAUGGAAAAGUUGAAGUCUUAGUUCUUGGUGUGAAAGAAUGUGAUAACUACACUGUCCGAAACCUUACCCUAAAGCAAGGAAGUCACACCCAACAUGUGAAGCAUUACUGGUAUACAUCUUGGCCGGAUCAUAAAACCCCUGACAGUGCUCAGCCCCUCCUCCAACUAAUGCUGGAUGUAGAAGAGGACAGAGUUGCCUCUUCGGGCAGAGGACCUAUAAUUGUACACUGCAGUGCUGGGAUAGGUAGAACUGGGUGUUUUAUUGCCACGUCCAUUGGCUGUCGACAAUUGAAAGAGGAAGGAGUGGUUGAUGCACUCAGCAUUGUCUGUCAACUUCGUGUAGACAGGGGCGGGAUGGUUCAGACAAGUGAACAAUAUGAAUUUGUUCAUCAUGCACUGAGUCUCUAUGAAAGUAGGUUGUCUGCAGAAGCUGUCCAGUGAAAUGUUGAAGAUUCAGUUCAAUGAUAGUCUCUCAAGAGAAUUUAAUGUGUUGCCUACCAGUGGCUUCUUCCAGGAGAUUCCUGGGAUGGAAAACAACAACAACGGAAAGCUUGAAAGCCAGCCUGCGAUGUGGAUUUUGGAAGGCCUGAAAAAUUAUGUAAAGACUACCAGACCUUGCCUGUAUAUGAAUGUAUUUGUAAGCUGCCCAAAAAUGAUUUUAAAGAAGGUACGAUGUUGAUGGGGUAAUGGAUUUCACAUACAUCCUCAAGAAGGACAUUUUCUGUCAUGACUCUCUGCCACACAGAAUGUAUGUAUGUAAUUCUGCUGAAGUCAGUUGACUAUUGAAAUAUCCCCAGAAGAAAUGAUUAUUGAGUGUAUAGUUGCUUUAAAGUUUGCAAAAAUUUGUCUUGUGAAUGGACUGUCAGCUGUUAAACUGUACCUGUCUUAAGUGCUAUUAUUAUUAUUUAUUAUUAUUAUUAUUAUUAUUAUUAUUAUGUGGUGAGCUCCUUCUCCAGCCACCAGAAUCUUGCUGCUAAAGUUGCAAGUGAAAGACAAUGGAUUUUUCUUAGAGAAGUACUCAUUUUUGGAAAAAAAAAACCAUCAAAAGCAGUAACUCUUUUAUAUGAAAAUGUGUUCUUGAUAAUCUUAUGUAUUAAGUAUCUAUUUAUAGUAGCUCCUAUCAAUCUAUUACAGAGCACAAUGUUUGUCAUUUGAGAUAUGUAUGUGUGUGUAUUUAAUUAUUCUAUACUAUUGUCUUAGAAGGCUGCUUCUGCUCCAAAGUUCAAUCCAGUGUGUUUGUAAAUUGUGAGUCCUUUUACUUUUAAAGAAAACUUUGUAGAUUCUGAAAUACCAAGGGUUUUCAAUAUACAUCAAUCUUUUACUAAGAGGGAAUUUUUGAAAAUGCUGUCUACCCAUAGCCUUUCUCUCUCUUCCUAAUAAGCAAUGGAUGACCUUGGGAAUAGUGCAGACUGCUCUUCUGAAUGAAGCUGCUGGGGACAAUCCUUCUAUUUCUAUAGGGAUCUCAUCUUGAAGAGAUAUGUGGAGCAGCUGUAAUUAUGUUCAGCAAGCACUCUUGUCACCUGUUCAGCGAAUAUAUGAGCUAUCAAUGCAGUGAUGAUGUUGAUUUUGCUUCAUACUGCCAAUAAACUCACUUGAUACUAAA